AUGGCGAGAUGUAGGUUCUUAAGUGUGGAGCGAAAAUUGCAGCGGGGCGAUAAGCUAAGAGAGGCUUAUAUACARUUCAUGGACGAGUAUAUGGAAAUGGGACAUAUGGAAAAGAUAGACGAAUCAGAAAGUCAUUCCCGAGUCUGUUAUCUGCCCUAUCAUCCAGUAAUAAAAACGUCAAGCUCCACCACCAAGGUACGAGUGGUAUUCGAUGCCUCAGCCAAAGGAUCCAACGGCAAGUCACUUAAUGAUAUAUUGAUGCGUGGGCCCGUAGUACAGGGAGAUAUUUUUACAAUUUUAUGUAGAUUCCGUAAGCAUAGUUAUGUGAUUUCUGCAGACGCAGAAAAGAUGUACCGUCAGGUGGCCAUUGCAAACGAAGACUGCGAUAUGCAAAGGAUACUAUGGAGAUCCACACCUAGCCAACAACUCGAAUCGUAUCGCCUUCUAACCGUCACUUAUGGAACAACACCAGCGUCGUUCCUAGCUACUCAAUGUUUAGUGGUGUUAGCCGAUCAAUAUCAGACAGAAUUUCCAGACGCUUUCAAGGCUAUCAAAAAUGACUUUUAUAUGGACGACCUAAUGACUGGCGGUGAGUCGAAAGAAUAA